CAAAAGAUGUUACUCAUAUCUGCCCGUUUACCGGAGGUAUUCGAGGAACUUUGACAGUUACAAAUUACAGACUGCAUUUUAAAAGCAUGGAAAGGAACCCUCCAUUUGUUCUAGAUGGCCCUCUUGGAGUGAUUAACAGAGUAGAGAAAAUUGGAGGAGCUUCCAGUCGUGGUGAAAAUUCAUAUGGCCUAGAAAUUGUGUGCAAGGAUAUCCGGAAUCUUCGGUUCGCUCAUAGGCCUGAAGGUCGCACGAGAAGAGCCAUAUUUGAGAACUUGACAAAGUAUGCGUUUCCAAUGUCCAAUCACUUGCCUCUGUUCGCAUUUGAGUAUAAAGAAGUUUUCCCCGAAAAUGGCUGGAACGUUUAUGAUCCGAUUUUGGAGUACAGAAGACAGGGCAUUCCUAAUGAAAGUUGGAGAAUGACUAGCCUCAAUGAACAAUACGAGCUUUGUGAUACCUACCCUGCCCUUCUGGUAGUUCCAGCCAAUAUUCCAGAUGAGGAGUUGAAGAAAGUGGCUGCGUUCCGGUCAAGGGGCCGUAUACCU